ACCUUUGACCCCUUUAGUCUCACAUUUGCUGCUGGGGAAUUUAGUUUAGAGUGUGACGGUUCCACACUGAUCUGCUGUCAUGCUGUGGUUUGCUGCUGCUCUGGGAUCAGUGGUGUUGUGUGUGUUGAGCGGCUUCACAUCACCACGGAUGAUUCCAGAUCAGUGUUCAGUCCUGAUGAGCGAUAAGAAGAUUAAGAUUGACUCUUUAUCUCUGAACGGACUGCAUACAAACACAGCAGCUACGCAGAUGAAUGAAUCAGGCCUCAAUAAUUCUGCUGGACUACUGGGAGACAGUGACGACAGCGAUGACGAUCCAGUCUCAGAGAACCUGCUGGCGGCUUCCUGGGAGAGUUUAUCCAUCAUGGACCGACUGGGAUUAAAGAGCAGCGUGGAGAUGACGGAGGAGGAAGUGGAGAGCGCGUUUACCCAGAUUGCAGUGGGGUUUCACUGCGACCAGUACACGCUGACCCAGCGGCUGCAGGCGGAGCGACACGACCUCGGCGUCGCAGAGGAGAACCUGCAGAGAGAGCUGAGACAGAGCAGAGAGAUGCUGCAGGUGUUGUAUGAACGCCUACAUGAGGUGGACAGCAAAAAGAUGGUGCAGCAGAUGGAGAACAACCUGCAGAUGCUUGAAAGCAACAUGGACAAUGUCCUCAAAACAGCAGAGACGCUCGGAGCUGCACACCAGGAAGCGCGCGUCAGUCAUGCAGUAGAGCUGAUGUCAGUACACGUGGAGCAUCUCAAGAGACGUCACGCUACAGAGAGCGAGGAGAUGCUGGAGGUCAGAAAGCUGCUCCACAGGAGGAAGGGUCGAUUGCACAGUGACUCCACAGAUGAUCGAGAGCUGUUCAGAUAUUCAUCACAACAGCCGACACGUCGCAGGGUCAGCAUCACCUUCCUCCCGACUCAAUCUGAGUUGAAGCAUCUAGAGGCUUCGUUUCUGGAGAACUGCAAAGCUAGUUUGGAUGCAAAGAAGCCGCAAGCAGACAGGAGACAGGAAGUAGUUCCAGCCGAUUCUCCCGCGUGCAGUCUAAACCAAGAUGAUGACUUGGACAGCAGCGUGUUUCAAAGUGCAACGCAAAUCACGUCGCUCCGCCAUCGCCGUCGUUAUUCUCCUACAGGAAGUUCAUUUGAGGGGGAGGAGUCCAACCCUGAGCUAUGUCCCGCUCCGCCACAGCGCCCCCUGUUGUCCAGGAGGUCUACAUGCGGCCGGAUCGUCAGAAUGUUUUUGCUUGUAUUCGUUCUCAUGAUGCUGAUGGCGGCUCUUUUAUAUGUUGUCAUGAGUGUUUGUAUAAAUAACUGAUGGUUUAGUGUGGUUAUUUGAUCUUAAACGACUAGUUUAGUUAAAAAUAAACAUUCUGUAAAAACCGAA